AUGGACUUUUGGUCUCGUCUCAUCGGCGGCUCGCGCGCGCUGUCCAAGACCUCGCGGACCAGAUCACCCACGGAACGACUUACGGCGUUUAGACGCGCCUGCAAUGCCCUCCAGCAAAUAUGGCGCUCUACCAAUACUCCCUCCGCCGAGCAGUCAACCGCCCACGCGCGAUCCUACCUUGAGCGCCUCAACUCCAUCCUCAAUGACGAGUCCCGCGGACCAGCACCACAUCCGUGUGUGGCCUACGCGGCUUCUUCUCAAAUAUUUGUAACGGUCACCAAGCUUGCUUUAUCAUACUACGACGAUGGGGUGUUGCGGUCCGCCACUGUCUUUUUCAACACUCUCAUCGAUGCCGAGGUGGACGGGGUUGUGGAUAACAGGUUGUUCGCUCGCGCGUUAGUGGAUCUAGUCCGACGCGCUGACAAGACAUCGGGCGAAAUUGAAGGGAGAUUAGUCGAGCUGCUGUUUGGCAUUGCCAACAACAUCCGUCUGCAACCCGCCAUCUUACCUGCAUGGUUCGUGCCCCGGGCGACUCCUAUCGGUCCGGACAGGGAGUCGACAGCUCCGACGGAGUUCGCUGGUGCCACUCGCAAGGAUGAGUUCCCACUGUUUUACCUACUGGUCGACUACGUUCAUAAUGAUGGUCGCGCGGGUGACUUCGCGCCGUCGCGCUCCAAGAACCUGGAGAAAUGGUUGAUCGAGAGUGAUUUGGCCACACUGAUGGCUACCGGACUGGGUGCGCUGUAUAGUCAACUAGGAAGCUUGGAAUAUGCGUCCACCGACGACAACGUCCCACGCAUCAUCGAGCUAUCUGAUCAUGCGAAGGAGGUCACGGCCUUGCAGCCCGCACUCGGCGAAACUAUGGACGCGUUCAUGUCUUACCUGUUGUUUUGGCAGGACACCAUCGACCACUGCAAAUCCGCCGAGGUCAACGACACCCUGUUGGACCAUUUCCAGGUGCUAUUUCUUGAACAACUCUUAUACCCCUCAUUGUUGGAAUCGUCUGAUGUCGCAGGUGGUUCGACAGCAGCCGUACUGACCUACAUGUGCCGGAUCUUGGAUUCAAUCGACCAGGGCGAAUUGGUCCACCGGAUACUGCAUUUCCUACUUGCUUCUUCUCCACCAUCCGAGGAACAGAUGGACAUGUCAGCAAGUCGCCGAAAGUCCCUCAAUGUUUUGGCAGCGUUAGCCUCCGAAGCCGCUCAGCCUUCUCCCUCACUCUUCAACCUACGAGACCUUGUCCUGCUGGGUCUUCAAUCCUCUAAUCGUCAGACGGUUCUGGCCACUCUACGACUGCUGAACGUUGUCCUGCAGCGACAUCACCCGUUCUCUCGGGCGUUGAUCCACACUGUACCCAGCCAACCCGCGCAGCAAAGGUCCGUCGGUGCAUUCAAUGCAGAGCUCGAACAGCUUCUGACUCUUAGUACAUCCAUUUUUGAUGACCCGAGUUUGAACGAGUCCUUUGAAGAGUACGUUGCGGACGCCACAUGGACACUCGAAUCCCGCCUUUGCAUCCCGGUUUCUGCUGCAGACGAGGCCGAAGAUGCGAUUCCCUUGCCAUUGCAGCUCCAGCAGGACGACCCGAUUGUCCAGGGUCUUCUCCACUGCGUUGAGUCAUUUUUCACCAACAGCGUGAUCGUCAACCUCGCAUUGACCGGAGUCUUGAUGAGUCUGGCCUCGUCGCACCUGUUCUCAUUGGACGGCUGGAUAUUAGUCGACCCAGCCAGCUAUGACACAUCUGGGGAAUCGCACGAGCUCGACCCCAUUCACCGAGCAUAUCAAAUCCCAUCUUGGUCCGCAACCGCCAAACCGACCCUGACCGCGGCCCUUGAACGACUCGUAGACCAGGUUCGCCAAUGGCAGCAGGAUCUGCCCGAUUUCGAUGUCCUAGUUGCUGCCCGGCGCGAUUUGCUGCAUCUAAGGGAUCGGCCAGAAACGCCCUCCCGUUCGCAACAGCCGUCUGAACCAAUCUCGGAUCGUUCGCGCCCCUCGUACCCGGAUCACCCGAUGCCUCUCUUCCUGCAUCCCGAGGUCGAUCUCCGAAUCCUAUCAGUACCCCAGCCAGGUGAGUCCUCGCGACCGACUGAGUCGCGUGGAUCAUCAGCCUCGCGGGCAGCGACUGCAGAGACCCUGCGCCAGCGACUAGCGACUCCAUUCCCGCCCCGCGAGGCGUCAGACGGGGAAAGUGCCGAUCCCGAAAAUGCCCCGGUCACGCUAGGCCACGUGCUAACGAAUGUGGUGAUUUUAUACGAGUUUCUCCUGGAGCUUUCGGCGGUGGUGCAAGCCCGGGGGAGUCUGUUCGAGGAGGCCGGCUAUAUGUGA